GCUAGCUAGCUUCUUCCUUUUAACACAUUUACAAUUUCCCAUUUCUCUUUACUCUUCAUUUUCUUCCCUUAUAAACCCUCCUUAUCUCAAUUAACCUUCAUAACUUGAAAAAAAGAAUUGUUAGUUCGUUGAAAAUGUCUGCUUCAUUUCAAACUCUUCCAAAUCCCGGGCCGCCUCAGCAGCCCGGAAUUUACCCAACUACUACUUCCACUACCACAUCCGCAAGUGAUGAUCCGAACGCAAACGGGUCGGAUCAUUCAAGUGGGUCAUUUGGUAUGGUUUUUAUUGUCCUUGCGGUAAUUCUAGUAAUCUCAGCUAUUGCAUGUGCCGUAGGCCGAUUUUGUGGUAAAAAGUCUAAUAAAUCCCACAAAUCAAAUCAUCCAAAGGCUCAUAAAAAUAAGAGCCAUGGGAAAAAUGAAUAUAACAAUAACCCAAACUACAACCAGAACCCCAACUAUAACCCGAACCCGAAUCAUAACCCGAACAUGAAUGGUGGGUAUAACCAUAGCCACAUGAUGAACCACCACCAAAUCAAUAGCCAAAAAGGCGGAAAUCCUUACAAGCAACAGGGUGGAGGGGGUGGUGGAAGUGGGCCGGGUGGGCGUCCAAAAAACCCGGAUAUGGAAUUCGGGUAUAGGUCCAAAGAAGGUGAUAUCAUGCUAGGGUUUCAACCAAAGACCCGGACAAUGUUUCCUAAUAACAAAAUUGCUAAUAAUAAUAAUAAUGGUGAUUUUAGAGUUGAUAGUAUGGGAAGAGGAGGUAUGGAAAAUCAUCGUCAUCAUCAUGGAAUGGGGGAUCCUAGAGAUUUUCCUUAGAUUUGAUUAUUAAAAUUUAUUUAAAUAAAUUAAUUACCAUUUAACUAGGAAUAUAUAUUGUUGAAGAUCUCCUUCAUAAAAUAACUUUUAAUUUUUUUUCUUUUUUCUUUCUUAUAUUUUUUAAUUUAAUGAUUAUAUUAUUUAUGGUGCUAAUUAAAUUAAGUUUGGAGGGUAUGAAAAUGUGUACGAAGUAAGGUAUAUUUUACUAUGACAAAACUUUUGUGUUAUCAAAUUAAGUUUUAACA